GUUCUCGCGCUCCGACGUCACCAGAACCUCGAGCCUCUGCACGCGAAUCACGUCUCUACUCGAGCCUCUCCAUUGGACGUCCCUCGCUCAUAGCUGCUGUCAGAGCGCGCGGCCUGGGCACGCUCCGGUAACUUUUCCCAGUCUAGCUUCAACCAAAGUCAAAUAACAACUUUAUUUUCUUCUCAGCGCCGGAUGACGGAGGGGGGGAAUAAGGAGGAGAGUUACCUGUGAGUGAAUUUUCACCCUGAGACCAAAGCAGCUCCCCCCACCCCCCACCCAUCUCCUUCUUCUCUUUAUCUCUCGGAGGUUUCAGUCUGAAUGUGUUUGACUGAGAAGUUCAGUCCUUAAAGACCAGGUGAAUGUACAGCAUCAUGAUGGAAACGGACUUGCAUUCCUCCAUGGUCCCCCAGACCAACGCGUCCAACCCGGGGGGACAAGGCGGUGGAGGAGGAGGAGGAGGCGGCCCUGGGGGUAAAGUCCCCCAGGAGAGAAUCAAAAGACCCAUGAACGCUUUCAUGGUGUGGUCCCGGGGCCAGCGGAGGAAAAUGGCACAGGAAAACCCGAAAAUGCACAACUCAGAGAUCAGCAAGCGUCUGGGCGCUGAGUGGAAGAUGAUGACCGAGACGGAGAAGAGACCGUUUAUCGACGAGGCAAAGCGGCUCCGGGCCAUGCACAUGAAAGAACACCCGGACUACAAGUACCGGCCGCGGAGGAAGACUAAGACGCUGCUGAAGAAGGACAAGUACUCUCUCGCUGGCGGGCUCCUCGGUUCCUCUGCGGGCGUAGGGAUGGGCGGCAGACAGAGUCCCGGCGGGGGGCACGCAGGGGCGAAUGCGGGCUACGCCGCGCAUGUGAACGGCUGGGCGAACGGCACAUACUCUGGACAGGUGGCAGCUGCAGCUGCGGCCGCGCACGCCAUGAUGCAGGAGGCGCAGCUGGCGUACACGCAACACCCGGGCACCGGGGCUCACCCGCACCAUCACCCGCAUCACCACCAUCACGCACACAACCCACAGCAUAUGCACAGGUACGACAUGAGCGCUUUAUCUUACAGUCCCAUAUCGAACUCUCAGAGCUACAUGAGCGCGUCGCCGCCGGGCUACGGUGGCAUCACGGGCUACACUCACCAGCACCAGAGCUCCGGUGUGUCCCCGGUGUCCGGUGCCAUCAGUGGCACCUUGGGCUCUCUGGUGAAAUCGGAGCCGAGCAUAAGCCCGCCGGUGUCCGCCGCACGCGCACCUCAGCCGUGCCACACCGGGGACCUUCGGGACAUGAUCAGCAUGUAUCUACCCACCGGCGAGGCGGUGGCCGGGGACUCCUCCGUUCAGAGCAGACUCCACGUGCUCCACCCGCAGCACUACCAGAGCAGCGGCUCCACUCCGGUAAACGGGACGGUUCCUCUGACUCAUAUUUAAUUCUCCCUGCACCAUGGAGUCACUACCAAAUAUAAAAAGUAUGGGUUCAGGCUGCCGAAGAACUGUACAUUAUCGGGCCAUAAAAAUGCAAUGACUUUGAACAAACAGGAUUUUUUU